AUGGGGUUUGAAGAGACGUUCAAUUCAAGAGGGGAUGUCUACGUUGGUAUCUUCAAGGAUGGACUUCCUGAUGGCAACGGAAAGUACACAUGGUCAGAUGGAUCAAUAUAUGAGGGUGAUUUUGUUGAUGGAAAGGUGGCAGGGAAAGGACGACUGUUGGUACAGCCAUCAGCAUCAAAGUAUGAGGGCGACUUCUCUGGGAAUUUCCGUCAUGGUAAUGGCACCCUAACUUUGAAGGAUGGAACUAUCUACAUUGGAAAUUGGAAAAAAGAUACACCAGAUGGAAGAGGGAUUUUCACUUGGGCUAUUGGCGAUGUUUUUAUUGGUUCUUGGUCAAAUGGCCUUGUACAUGGAUUUGGAGUUUUUACAUCUCUAGAUGGGGAUGUCUACGCUGGAAAUUGGAAAACAGGGAAAUUGGAUGGAAGAGGGAAUUUGAAUUGGGCUAAUGAUGAUCAUUUUAAUGGUUGUCUGUCAAAUGGGCUUAGACAUGGAUUUGGAGUUUAUACAUUUGUAAAUGGGGAUGUCUAUAUCGGAAAUUGGAAAAAUGACAAAAUGGAUGGAAGAGGGACCAUGAGUUGGACUAAUGGUGAUGUUUUUGAAGGUUGCUGGUCAAAUGGACUUAUACAUGGAUCUGGAGUUUUUAAAUUUGCAAAUGGGGAUGUCGACAUUGGUAACUUCAGGAGUAAACUUCUUUAUGACAACGGAACAUACACAUGUUCAAAUGAAACAAUGUACAAGGGUUGCAUAUGCUCAAAUGAAAAAGUGAUAGAGAAAGGACUGAUGAUAUGGAGCCUUCAAAAUCCUAAUGGAGGGGCGGAUCUUCCUUGGGACAGGCAGGUGCCAUGGUAA